CUGCCGAGCAGCUGCUGUGACUGCAUCUUGUAGAAAAAAAGAGUGCUGUGCUCUCUUAGUUAGGUUAUGGUCAUCCAUCAUUAAAGUGGGUUUUGAGUCGUCAACUUUCAGUCACUCAGGGGAACCACAAACUUAAUGACCAACUCUUUCGGGAACUGUGCAGAUCGACACCAGCAGCAGAUGUCAGAGGAUGAACGCCCAGUGGAGACAACAAGUAUGCUUGAAACCUCUAGCCAAGAGGAUGGAGAAGAUGGCCGGGUGAAGCUUGAUGACUCAAGCUUCCCCUUGCAGCUCCAGAAUGGCCUGGAGAGCCUACGCUUGGAAUGCUCUCUCACGGACGUGACACUGUAUGUGGAGGGUCAGGAGUUUGCAUGCCACCGAGUGGUCCUUGCUGCUGCCAGUCAGUAUUUUAGAGCAAUGUUCUGCAACAAUCUACGAGAGAAACAUGAAGACAGGAUCCAAAUCAAAGGGGUUGAGGCAGAAACCAUGAAGAUUCUCCUGGACUACACUUACACCAGCAAAGUUCUCAUCACCAAGCAAAAUGUUCAGAAGACCCUUGAAGCUGCAAGCCUUUUCCAGUUCCUGCGCAUGGUUGAAGCCUGCUCCAGCUUUCUGGCCAACGCCCUCCUCCCAGACAACUGUGUUGGUGUCCUGAGGCUGGCUGACGCCCACUCGCUAGUACCCUUGCAGGCCUGCGUGCAAGACUACAUCUCCCAAGCCUUCUCCCAUGUAGCACUCCAUGAAGAGUUUCUGGAGUUGCCAGAGGAGGCACUGGUGAACCUCUUGAAGCGCGAUGACCUGAGCGUGACGGAAGAGGAGCAGGUGUUUGAGGCAGCCAUUCGCUGGGUGCGGGCACGUGAAACUGAAAGGCUGCCUACCCUACCACGCCUGUUGCAGCACAUACGCCUGCCCCUCCUAAAUCCAUGGUACUUUGUUGAAAAAGUGGAAGGGGACCCCCUUGUGCGAAGGAGCCCUGAGGCCUUUAAUUUGCUGCAGGAGGCUCGCAGGUACCACCUCUCUGGGACUGAGGUUGUCUCUGAGCGCACCAAGCCACGAGUCCAGGAGUUCCAGUCGGAGGUGUUCAUGAUCAUUGGCGGAUGCACUAAGGAUGAAAAAUUUGUAUCGGAGGUGACCUGCUUGGACCCCCUACGCAGGAGUCGACUGGAAGUAGCCAAGCUACCCAUAACUGAGAUGGAGGCAGAGACCGACAACAAAAAGUGGGUGGAGUUUGCUUGCAUCACAUUCCAGAAUGAAGUUUACCUGUCUGGGGGAAAGGAGACCCAGCAUGAAGCAUGGAAGUACAAUGCUGCCCUCAAUAAGUGGAUCCAAAUCGAGUAUCUCAACAAUGGGCGCUGGAGGCAUAAAAUGGCAGUACUGGCAGGGAAGGUCUAUGUGCUGGGUGGGUUCGAUGGCACCCAGAGACACAGCAGUGUGGAGACCUACGACUCCUUUCACAACACCUGGACAGAGGCAGCACCCCUCAUGCUGAGUGUGAGCUCCUUUGCCACAGCCAGUCACAACAACAAGCUAUAUGUGAUUGGAGGGGGUCCAAAUGGCAAACUGGCCACAGAUAAGACCCAGUGCUUUGACCCUUGCACCAACAAAUGGACUCUCCGGUCCCCAAUGCCCACUGAAGCAAAGUGUAUAAAUGCUGUAACCUUCAAAGAUUGCAUUUUUGUAGCUGGUGGCGCAAUGAAGGCACUCUACUGCUAUAACCCUUUGGAGGACACCUGGAGUAUGGUGACACAGUUCAGCCAUGAGAGAGCCAGUUGUGGUCUUGCAGCAUGUAAUGACAAGCUCUUCAUCACAGGAGGGCGGGAUGAAAGGAAUCAGGUGAUCGCCACAGUGCUGUGUUGGGACCCGGGCACAAAGAAGCUGACAGAGGAGUGUGUGCUACCCCGUGGUGUGUCCCACCAUGGCAGUGUUACGCUGCGGAAAUCAUACACGCAUAUCCGGAGAGUAACGCCUGGAACUGUGGCUGUAUGACUUUAAAUUGGAAAAUCGGCGAACUCGCUACACAAGCUAACGGGCAGGAGUACCCAAAAAGCUGGGUUGCUGUUACUGAAGAUUACUGAGAAAAAGAUAUCAUGAAUAAGGAAUGUACUGGAUAUGGAACUGCACUUGUGACUGAAACAUAGGCCUUACCUCAUUGUUAUA